AUGAACCGGACGAGAGGAGAACCCGUUAGUUAGUUAGUUAGUUAGUCGGGGGGAGAAACAGUCACCGUCCAUGUCUUAAGGACACAAACACCAGCGCGCUGACAACAGUUGUUGACAGCAAUGUCGAGAGAAAACACCACUCGGAGUUUGGACAGUAUAGACCUCGCUGCUUUAAGGGACCCAGCAGGUAUCUUUGAGCUGGUGGAGGUGGUUGGCAAUGGAACCUAUGGUCAGGUGUACAAGGGUCGCCAUGUCAAGACGGGCCAACUGGCAGCUAUCAAAGUCAUGGAAGUCACAGAGGAAGAAGAAGAGGAGAUCAAGCUGGAGAUCAACAUGCUGAAGAGCUAUUCCCACCAUAGGAACAUCGCUACUUAUUAUGGAGCUUUUAUUAAGAAAGGUCCUGCUGGACAGGACCACCAACUCUGGUUGGUGAUGGAGUACUGCGGAGCCGGCUCCGUCACAGACUUGGUGAAGAAGACCAAGGGGAACUGUCUGAAGGAGGACUGGAUAGCGUACAUCUGUCGAGAGGUGCUCAGGGGUCUUUCCCAUCUUCACGCCCAUCAUGUGAUCCACAGAGACAUUAAGGGGCAAAAUGUUUUGCUCACGGAGAACGCCGAAGUCAAACUGGUCGACUUUGGAGUGUCGGCGCAGCUGGAUAAGACGAUCGGCCGGAGGAACACCUUCAUCGGUACGCCCUACUGGAUGGCUCCAGAGGUCAUCGCCUGUGACGAGAAUCCCGACGCCACAUACGACUACAGGAGUGACCUCUGGUCUUUAGGCAUCACCGCUUUAGAGAUGGCUGAAGGAGCCCCUCCACUGUGUGACAUGCAUCCAAUGAGAGCGCUGUUUUUGAUUCCACGAAACCCUCCACCCAAACUCAAAUCAAAAAAAUGGUCGAAGCGCUUCCUGUCCUUCGCCGAUAGCUGCCUGGUCAAGAACCAUCUGCAUCGACCCACCACGGACGCCCUGCUGAGACACGCCUUCAUCAGGGAUCUGGCGAACGAGAGACAAGUGCGCAUCAUGCUCAAGGAUCACCUCGAUAGAACCAGGAAGAAGCGAGAGAAAGAGGGUCCAGAGUACGAGUACAGUGGCAGUGAAGACGAGGAUGACGAGGUGACCGAGGAGGAAGGGGAGCCCAGCUCCAUAGUGAACGUUCCUGGGGAGUGGACGCUGAGACGGGAGUUUCUUCGCUUACAGACGGAGGAUCGCGACGGGGGGCGAGACGGGGGCCACGGGGGAGGCGGCGGUCAAACAAGACAGCAGGCGUUGCAGCAGCACAGGCAGCAGCUGGCGGAGCAGGAGCGGUACAAGCAGCAGCUACUGGCCGACAGGCAGAAGAGGAUCCAACAGCAGCACGAGCAGCGGCAGAAGUUGGAGGAUCAGCAGAGGCGGCAGCUGGCGGACUGCGCCUUCCAGUGGGCGGAGCUCCAAGAGAUCUUGCUGGGGGAGGAGUCCGAUCUCCAUGACAACAGAAUCUUAUUGGAUGAGGGAAACAGGAGGAGCGACAGGAGACAGCAGGACCAGGCAGCCAGACAGCGGUGUGCCGAUGUGUCAGUGAGGCCUCUGGACUCCGCCGCAGAGCAGAGAGCCCCGCCUCCCAACCAGCCGCUCCCGCACAAGGCCCCGCCCCGCCAGCCUCCGCCCUCCCAGCCGCGAGCCGAGCCCCGGCCUCUGGCGCAGCAUCAGCAGCCGUCGGCGGGCAGGAGAUCCCACCGCACGCUGCCCAAGGACCAAACCCAGCUCCUGUCGCUGCAGCACGACCACAGACACCGGGAGAGAGAGAGAGAGAGGCAGAGGGAGAAGACCGUGGCGGCCGUCCAGAAGCUCACUGCUAACAGUGGGAGUACGGCCGCUGCUGCCGCCGCCGCUGCCACCGCCGCCGCCGCUGCCUCUUCCUCUUCCUCGCCCAGCUGCCCCGCAAACAGCCAGCGCUCAGCGAUUGACCUCCAAGAAUCCAACCUAGCCCGGCUGCUUUUGGCAGCCGGUGUGCCCAGCCAGAUGCACCCCAGGCUGGGCUCUGGAAGCAGCUCGAGUCCUUGUACCCCAGCCAUGCAGAGGGCUCACCUCAGCCAGAAUGCCAAUCUGCGCUCGAGUCGAGACGCCCCUCACAGCAGCUCCAUGUCAGACAUGGCCAUCUCCCCGCUGUCCCCGUUUUGCCCCGCCUCCCUGACUGACGAUGUCUUCUGGGACCCCAGGACGCCACCAAAGGUCCCAGAGCGCACCACCUCGAAGUUCUACUACCGAGAGCUGGUGAUGGGACACAAGAGGGCCGCCUCCAGUGGCGGUCCGGUGUCUGUAGCCGAUAAGAGUGGACGGCCUGUGUCUCAUGGAGUGUCCUCCAGCAGCAGCAGCAGCCACCAAGGCUACUUCAAGCUGGAGAGUCCUCUUCUACAGCACCGUCUACAGCAGCACAGGAGGACGCAAGAGAACGUGACCAGUGGACACACACAAGGCGUGAGGUCGGCUCUGGGUCGGCUUCACAAGGCCACGGAAUACUCCUCGUCCAGCGACGAGCUCGGCAGCAGUGACGACGAGGAGAGGAACAGGUCUGGCCUGUCUAAUGGAAAGGGAAGAUACCGAGGAAUACCUGAUGGCAUCGUACUGCAGCCUCACCACAAUCUCAACCAGAUCCCUCGGAUAGGUUCAGAUGACACCUACCUGCUACCGGACCUCCUGCAGAAAACCUCCUCCUCCAGCAGUCCUACCCACAAUGCACUGGGCCAGCAGCGGCGAACGCACGAGCGCAGCUACUCGCAGUUGCCCACGGCCCCCCGAUCCCCGACACACCAGGAGCUGCAUGCCGUCAGCAGUCCCACCGGUAAAAACACCUCCUCCUCUUCGUCCUUCCUGUCAUUCAUCGAUCCGAGACUGAUCCCCAUGUCGUCGCCACCUCAGAGCCCUGUGGGCGGUAAAGGUGAGCAAAUCAAGAGGGAAAACCACAGGAAGGGCUCUGUGGUGAACGUGAACCCAACUAACAUUCGACCGCAGAGCGACACUCCGGAGAUCCGCAAGUACAAGAAGAAGUUCAACACUGAGGUUCUCUGUGCUGGACUAUGGGGUGUGAAUCUGCUGGUGGGGACCGAGAACGGCCUGUGGCUGCUGGAUCGAAGCGGUCAGGGGAAGGUCUACUCCCUCAUCAGCAGACGCAGGUUUCAGCAGAUGGACGUGCUGGAAGGACUCAACGUGCUCAUCACUAUUUCAGGUAAGAAGAACAAGCUCCGCCUGUACUACCUGUCCUGGUUAAGGAAUAAAAUCCUCCACAACGACCCAGAGGUGGAGAAGAGACAGGGUUGGACCUCGGUAGGUGACCUGGAGGGCUGUGUACACUACAAAGUGGUGCGUUACGACAAGAUAAAGUUCCUCGUGAUUGCGUUGAAGAGCGCUGUGGAGGUCUACGCCUGGGCCCCCAAACCCUACCACAAGUUCAUGGCUUUUAAGUCAUUCAGGUCCCUGCCUCAGAAACCACUGUCCGUUGACCUGACGGUGGAGGAAGGUCAGAGGUUAAAGGUCAUCUACGGCUCCUUGUCCGGCUUCCACGCCAUCGAUGUGGACUCUGGAACACCGUACGACCUCUACCUGCCCACGCAUAUCCAGGGUUCUAUUCGGCCCCAUGCCAUCAUCAUUUUGCCAAACAGCGCUGGAACAGAGGUGCUGGUUUGCUACGAGGACGAGGGCGUCUACAUCGACACCUACGGCCGCAUCACCAAGGACACGGUGCUGCAGUGGGGGGAGAUGCCCGCCUCGGUCGCCUACCUUCAGUCUAACCAGGUGAUGGGUUGGGGAGAAAAGGCCAUAGAGCUGAGGUCGGCCAACACAGGGAACCUGGAGGGAGUUUUUAUGCACAAAAAGGCACAGAAACUCAAGUUCCUGUGUGAAAGGAAUGACAAGGUCUUCUUUGCUUCUGUGCAGUCAGGAGGCAGCAGUCAGAUUUACUUCAUGACGCUCGGGCAGAACUCACUGUUCAACUGGUAACGACUGGACCUGUUACUCUGGGAUCAACCGCUGGGGUCUGCCCUCAUUAUUCUGGAGGUUUUCUGGCGGUGCCUUUUUUUUUUUAUUUGCGCCGUCUGACGCUCACCUCCGUGGAAACUGGACCCCAAAACAAAGAUCAACGAAAUAAUUCCUGGAUCCACAGCUGAGUUGAUCACAAACUCCAGCUUGACUCCAUCACCAUAUUCUUGAGUACUGCAGCGACACAACCACCUGAACCCUGAAGCUCUCUGCCGUCUCACCCAUCCACAAAAGAAAAGAGCUAAUAGGUACAACUUGCAGUGUCAGCAUGCAUAACGUGAAAAGCACACAGAGGAGCGUUGUCAUGCACCAUCUCCAUAGUUACCCCGGAGUCUUUGCCAGGAGGGUUCAUGCAUGCAAAACUGGCACCAGCGUCCUGCUUCAUCCAAAUCUACCUGGAAACAAAAAUAAAAAACAGAUUCAGAUGACUGCGUGGCUAUUUUGAAUGAACCCCAGUGAGCAUCUGGACUCGAGCUCCCGUCGCUCCGACUCAUCUGUGAGCGCGCCAUUCAGUUUUCUUCUACAUUCAUCUCUCCCGGAUCAGAACCCCCCCUUUUUUCUUUUCUUUUCUCUAAAGUAAACCCGUUGCUCAGCCGCUCAGUUACAUAUUUGCUUGAACAAGGCCUGACUGGUGUAUUGCUGGAUCAACUGAAACAUGUGAUGACGUCUCGGGGUGAUUGUUCUCCCAGUACAGACCAGCAGACCGGAGGAGUGAUGUGUCCUUCCUCCAGCUGUAUGUCUGGUUUGUGUUCAAAGUGGAACCAGAAGUCCUUCAUUCAUUCCAAGGACAUCAGCUGGACGUUUCCAGGACUGGGUCGGGACCUCAAUGUGGACCAAGUAGGACAACCACUCCACGUCAUUCCGCACAUCGUCGUGACUGCUUGCCAUCGCUUCCCUAAUGAUUCUUUAAUCGGCUUCCAUAUCCACCCGUGUCUGCCAUACCUCAGCAGUGUUAUUUAUGAAGGCUUUCCAUCGUGUUUCUUCUUCACUAGUACCAGCAGACAUCAAGGACCCAACAGUCAGUAACCGUACUGAAUCCUUAUUAUUAGACAGCAUUAUGAUACGCACUAUCAAAGUAUUAUUGAGAGAAGAGUUCCCUUUUUUCUUGACUGAGAUUCAGUCAGUUAUGUUCAACUGGAUCCAUCGCUGUCAUUAUACCGUCCAUGUGAGCAAAAUAAGGCAAAAUGUCAUAAUUCAAUAACUUUCGGCUGUUCAUUAUGUCAUUGCUUGUUAUGACCUGGAGGUCCACUUCCCUCUGUGUUGAGCCUGCAAUCAGCUGCCAGUAAAUGAUAUCUUGGGAUACUUGCUGCAUUCCACAGUUUGCAUUAAAAAUUAUUUGAGUAGAUGUUCUUGUAACAUAAUCCUAAUUCAGUCCGUCACCGGUCCCAGUUUGAGCGUUCUCUCCACCAUGUCAUUUUAGUUUGUAUUCAGUAGAGAUACAAACAGCUCCACCGUAACAGGCUCAGAAUUAUCUUCUGCAUCUAUUUUGUACAGCUGAGGAUGUCUAUAUUCUUGUAAGAUGCACUGUUUUCCAAAUAUUUUACAAUGGACAAGCCAUUUUUAUGUAUGUACAGGAUUAUGAUCAGGCUUAUGAAUGUGAAACUCCAUCCAUCCCAGAACAGAGGUCCAAAAAGGUUGUGAACAUGAACAUGAGCUACUGAUGGUGCACUUGAAGAUCAGGUCAUGAUUCAUAUGAAUUUCUGUCAGGCUCUUUGCACUCUGGCCACCUUGUACAUGUUUUCUGUAACUUAUCCUCCUUUUGAAAUGACUCUUUUUGUUCUUCUUGUUUUAGAGUGGAAACAUUUAAAGCCAUUCUGUAGUCAGUAUUGGAGAUGGAACUGAUUUUACACUACCCGAGACGGGACUCACACACUUAGUUGUUUAUUCUAGAUGUGAUGAGACGCCGUGAUCUGGGCUUUGAUGUCUUGGCUCCCUUGAAUCCAACCGUGUAACAAAUUACAACUGACAAGUUCAAUGUAUAUAGUAUUAUUAUACACUGUACAAAAGAUGCCAACUCGAGCGACACAUGGAACAUACAGGAACGAUGGGUCUUGCUACAUCACGAUGAAGAUAUAUGCAAUUUAAUGUCGCUAGUGUUCAUAUAUUUAAUAGCUUAUGCUUUGUAUGCAUUAGAGAGGGCUGCCGUGAAGAAACAAUGCGUUUUACCUUCAAAUGUGAAUUAGCAACUUUUAAUGUCCAUUUUACUGUGUUAUCCAUCCGAUUUCCUUAUGUUUUAUGUCACAUUAUCCUCAUAUUUUGUAUUUACUCUUGAAUGUUUUUAUAUUCAGUGAUACUUUGAGUUUUUACUACGGCCUUGAUAUAAAUAUUGCAGCUGGUUCUGUGAGAAUGUUUUAAACUGGAAAAUGAGCUUCCUGACGAUGGCUGUCGCGUUGCUACGUUGUUACCGAAUGUCAGUGUUAGUGUAUGGUGGGAAAGUGAGACCCCAGAGCGGAUAGAUAGUUACCGUGGCGACAGUGCAUGGAGGAGGGCAGACUAAUCUUAACAGGCUAACGGACCUAAAGUUGCUAGCUAACAAGGGCUAAACAUUUCAGAACCACGCGAGCUAGCUUAAAUUCACGCUAACUUUGCUAGCUAACGUGGCUAAGGUAGCAGACCGGUUUGACUAGCAGCAACAAAAUACUUUCUCCCACGCAGUUGCUAAGCUAACAUUUGACACCGCUGUAUUUCAAACACUGUAAUUCAAGAUAUAUCAAAUGGUAAAAUAAUUUUUCAGAACACUGAUUUCAAACCUAUUUUGGAUCUAUCCCUUUAUGCAGCUGAUAGCAACUGACGUUCAAUGGGAUUCAAAUACAUAUUUAGCAUGUCACUUCAUCCCAAGACCCUGGCCGGGAUGGUCCAGAUGGGACCGGAGACUAAAACUAGCACAGUGGUUCCACUCCACAUUUACACAGACAAUGUACAGUACCCACCCACAGUAGCUAGCCUGUAUGUGCUGCACUCCACGACCCAACACGCCCUCUGUCAGCGGUCUGGUGGUCACCAGGCCGUGUUGGCACAAAGCAGUCCUUCCAUCAGUAAUGUAAAUGUUUGAGCACCGUUGGUUAUGCAGUUAUAUUGCCACGACCAAACAAAUGUAUGAAUUCAGUCUUGUUAACGUGUGAAUUGUGAAAAACUGUUUGCUGUCCCAUUUAGCUGAGAAGAAGGUCACAUUGUUGGAUUAGUAUGUUUACGUUCUCCACGUUGUUUCACAUCCACGCCCUCACUCUGAAUGUGGCGGCUAUCCGCUCAUCGGCAACGCUUCGCCGCUGCGUUCUUCAUCCUGCUUUCACAAGGCGACAUAAAGAUGGUUCUGCAGAGCCGGCGUCCCAACGAUGCAGCGCUGCAUGUGGGUGAUCUGAAGCUGCAGCUCGGAUACACAAUGAGGACGUUUACCUGCACUUUGCUCCCUCUGUGCUGAACAACUGGGCCUCGCUGUGCUAACGACACAGAGAGAUCAGAGUCCGCCUACAGCGUCCACCGGUUAACGAAGGGUUCUGUUUCAGGCCCGCGGUGACUCACACCUCCAACUCUUUUUGCCAACACGUCUUUCAUUCCCUCUGCGCCUUGUGCCUCUCUCUCUCGCUCUCUCUCUCUCCUCGUUUCUUGCAUCUUUGACCGUUCCACUGCUCUUUGUCCUCACGUCUCUCUCUAUACCGUCUCUCUUCCUCCGGUGGAAAGGCUCCAGAGACCUGAGUAUUCUAAAGGGAUCAAGGGGUGUGUCCAUGUGCUUAUUAAUUAGUGGAGGAAUGCGUUAUCUUCUGCUUUCGAAAGAUGGUUUUGCGCUACUGCUGUCAUUUCUUUUGUCAGCCCGAGUACGAGCAGAAGUCUGGAUGAACCGCAGCUCAGAAGACGGGGGCGAGUGUUUGCGUGGGUUCGGGAGUGAUGUCUGCAGGGGGAGGAGGGACAGAGUUAGGAGGCUUGAGUCAAGUGUCGGUUCACAGAAGGAACACGGAGGUUGCUUUGAAUAUUUGUCUUUCGAGUAAAGAACACAGUGAGUGGGAGGAGGGGUGAAGCCAUUCAUUUAACCUGCCAACAGGUGGGCCUGCGUUCCACCACGGGGCGCCAGACUGCACGUGUGCAAUGAGGAUUCAUAGAUGAUGAAGAGGAGGCGAGGAUGUGAGGGAGCUUUAGAGUACUGUCGGUGUACAGUUACCCGACCCGGAGGAGUGCUUGCAGUAUGAAGUUUUUAAGCCAUUCGACACACACCCAGUGUUGUUAUAAGUUGUACAUUCUAAAGACACCAAAUACUAUAUAGAUACAUAAAUAUAUUGAAGAGUUUAUAUUCCCUUUGACCCUUUUGUUUAACUCCCAUACUUUGUUUAAUUCUGUGCCACUGGACCUUUUGUGUACUGUACAUUCCUGCUUUGAGAUGAGAGACGCUGAGACAACAAUAAAUAUGAUAAGCGCUG